GCCAAACGUAUACAGAGCAAUGAAUUGGCCGCCAUAAAAGUGAUUAAAUUAGAACCCACAGAUGACAUACAAAUCAUCCAACAGGAGAUUAUUAUGAUGCGUGACUGUCGUCAUCCAAAUAUAAUUGCAUACUAUGGCUCAUAUUUGCGACGUGAUAAAUUAUGGAUCUGUAUGGAGUAUUGUGGCGGUGGUAGUUUACAGGAUAUUUAUCAAGUAACCGGCCCACUGACAGAACAACAGAUUGCCUAUAUGUGCCGUGAAACAUUAAAAGGACUCGAGUACCUGCAUUCCAUGGGUAAAAUGCAUCGUGAUAUUAAAGGAGCCAAUAUACUACUAACAGAGUAUGGUGAUGUGAAAUUGGCUGAUUUUGGUGUAUCGGCACAAAUUACGGCCACCAUUAAUAAGAGAAAAAGUUUUAUUGGCACACCGUAUUGGAUGGCUCCCGAAGUAGCUGCUGUUGAACGAAAGGGUGGUUAUAAUCAAUUAUGUGAUAUUUGGGCUUGUGGUAUAACAGCAAUUGAAUUGGCUGAACUACAACCUCCUAUGUUUGAUUUACAUCCCAUGCGUGCUUUGUUCCUGAUGUCAAAAAGUGGUUUCAAACCUCCAACUCUUAGUAAUAAAGAUAAAUGGAGUCCUACAUUUCAUAAUUUUGUAAAAACAGCUUUAACGAAAAAUCCUAAAAAACGUCCCACAGCCGAAAGGCUGCUGCAGCAUCCUUUCGUACAGGGUGAGAUGUCGGUGCGUGUGGCCAAAGAAUUGCUUAAGAAAUACAUGAAUCCCAAUCAACAAUUCUAUUAUAAUUGGGAUGGUGAUGAGGAGACGGUUGCCAGUGUACCACAACGUAUUGCCAGUAAAAUGACAUCAAGGCCAAAUGGUAUUUCACCACAAAAUCAUACUUUAAAAACAGGCAUGACAUCAUCUAGUUCACAGUGGAAUAAUGAACGUUCUUCUAGUCCUGAAACUUUACCAAGUGACAUGAGUCUCUUACAAUAUAUUGAUGAGGAACUAAAAUUAAGAGCCACUUUGCCAUUAACUGAUACCAAAGAUUUACUAAGCACUGAAUGCAAUUGUAGCCAUAAUGGUGGAGGAAAUAGUAACCAUAACAACACAUCAUCAUCAUCAACAUCAGCCGUCGCAUCAUCAGCAGCAAUAAUAACAACAACAUCAUCAUCAUCCUCGUUGUCGGGUUGUAACAAUGGUUGUGCAACUGAUGUCACCGCAACAGCAACUACAAAUAGUUCAAUACUGGGCAACAGCAGCAGCAGUAGUAGUAGUGGCGGUCACACGACCACAAAUGGUGGAGGAAAUACUUCAUCAUCAGUUGCUUAUGGAGCUGGUGUUGGUGUAGGUGGUGGUGGUGGUGGUGGCAACAAUGGCUUAUCAAAUAUACGCACAACAGCAGUGGAUCAUGUUGAUAAUCAUUCAUCAUUGUUUGCUCACUUUGAUAUGCUAAGACAUGGUGGCCAUCACAACAACUACAGCAAUACAUCGUACAAUCGUCCGAUAUCAACACCGGCUUCGGGCUUAAUUAACAAUGCGAAUUUAUCCUCAGCUGCGGGUGGCGCAACAACGAAUGGCCAAAUGUCAACAUCAACCUCAAUCAAUACGACCAGCGAUGUCGUGGCCUCAACUUCUUCUGCCAACUCCUCCUCCAAUUUCUCCUCCUCUGCAUCAACGAAUGAUCCACAAGCGUCAACAACUGCGGCAUUAACAACAACAACCACCAAUAAUAUUACAAAUAACAGUCAUCAUAACUGUGAUUAUCGUCAUGAAAGUAAUCAGAAUGGUUUAGAGGACUCGCCACGACGCCACAGUUCAAUGGAUCAAUUAUUAGGUUUACUCAAUGAAAUGGGUAAAUCAUCACGUACUCGAAGUCUAAGCGAUGGGGGUACACAAGAAGAUGACGAUGAACUUGACAAAGAAGCUCAACCUGAUUUAUUAAACAAUACACCUCCUGUGCCUCCCAAACGUUCCCAUAGACGACGUCAUACACCACCACGACCCAUAUCGAAUGGCCUGCCACCAACACCUAAAGUCCAUAUGGGUGCUUGUUUUUCGAAAAUCUUCAAUGGCUGCCCUCUGCGAGUACACUGCACUGCCUCGUGGAUACACCCGGAGACACGAGAUCAACAUCUGUUGAUCGGUGCCGAAGAGGGUAUUUUCAAUUUGAAUAUGAACGAAUUGCAUGAUGCUGCCAUAGAUCAAUUAUUUCCACGUCGUACAACAUGGUUGUACGUCAUCAAAGAUGUCCUAAUGAGUCUGUCGGGUAAAUCGUGUCAAUUGUAUCGACACGAUUUGAUUGCCCUGCACUCGAAGCAAACACAUCGAUUUUCGUUGCACAUGAAUAAGAUACCGGAACGUUUGGUGCCACGAAAAUUUGCUCUAACCACAAAAGUACCCGAUACCAAAGGUUGUACACAGUGUUGUGUUACGCGGAAUCCCUACAAUGGCUAUAAGUAUUUGUGUGGUGCCACACCGAAUGGUAUUUUCCUAAUGCAAUGGUAUGAUCCAUUGAAUAAAUUUAUGCUGUUGAAACAAUGCGAGUGGCCGGCCACAAGCAUACUGGGCGGUGGUCAUGGUUGUGUACAAAAUGGUCAUACACCGGUCUUUGAGAUGAUUAUAACACCGGAACUGGAAUAUCCCAUUGUGUGUACGGGUGUGCGUAAAGCUGCUAAUGGCUGUCUUAAGUUGGAACUCAUCAAUAUGAACAGUGGUGCAAGUUGGUUCCAUUCGGAUGAUUUGGAGUAUGAUGCUAUGGCCACUAUGGUACCCAGACGAGACUUGCUCAAAGUCGUUAAAGUUCAUCAAGUGGAAAAGGAUGCAAUUAUAGUUUGUUAUGGCAACAUUAUACAGGUGGUAACGCUACAGGGUAAUCCAAAACAACAUAAAAAAUUGGUCUCACAAUUAAAUUUCGAUUUUAAUGUGGACAGUAUAGUGUGUCUACCAGACAGUGUUUUAGCAUUCCACAAGCACGGCAUGCAGGGCAAGUCGCUGCGUAAUGGUGAAAUAACGCAAGAAAUUAAAGAUAUGAGUCGCACAUAUCGUUUGCUGGGUAGUGAUAAAGUGGUGGCAUUAGAAAGUCAAUUGUUACGUACUGGUUCCUUAGGCAGUGAAGAGGGUCAUGACCUUUAUAUAUUGGCGGGUCAUGAGGCUAGCUAUUAAAAACUUUAACUUUAAUAAAAACAAAGCCCACAACAAUAAAAGUUAAAAAAGCUUAAAUUAGUAUUACACAACAGAGUAAAAACACAAGCAACUAAAUUUUUUUGAUUAAACCGAUAAAAAAAAACAAAAUUUAUAUAUUUAAAAAUAAAUCCAAACAAAAACAAUAUUUUAAA